CUGUAUGUCAAUUAACCAUCAUGGCAGUAACAUGUGGAAUUUUCAUUGCCUCGCCCCAGGGGCCUGUGCCUGUGUAUCCACCUGCUGUUUUUUUCCUAACCCAUGCCCUCUCUCUCUUUCUCUCACACACUCAUUCCCUCCCUGUGGCAUUAUUCUGAGCCAGCCCGCCACUGGCUGACUCAGAAUGCAAUGGUUUAUUGUUUGUCAUUCAGCCAGCUGUACUGCAUGGGGCAGCAGUCAUAGCUGUCAGUGACUGAUCUCCUCUCCAUGGCCUGUCGCCCCCCCGACUCUGGCUCCUACACCGUGGUCAUCAUCCCAUUCAGGACCAGCCUCUGCAGCCUGGACGCCUUUCGCUUCUUCCUAUGGGUUAAGCGUCUGAGGGAUCUGGAGAAGGAGAAGGACGCACUGUGCUCCGGUCUGGAGAUCCUGGAGAAGGCCCGUCUCUGGUACCUGCAGCGGCUGAAGGAGAACAGAGUCAGACAGGACAACACCGAGCGUAACGGUGGGGUCGUCUCCUGCCAAGAAGGUGCAGCAGAGGCUUGGUCCUGCCUCCUAAGGUCUCGUAUCCAGCGAGUGAAUGGCUCUCUGGGCUCAGUGAUGAGUGAGCCCAGUGUCUGCAGCGGCAGCCCCUCUCUGCCUGACGCUGUGGCAGACAGCAACCUCCGCUGGCACAACACGGUACUGACAAAGGAGGUGAGUGACAAGAAUCGUCAGAUCUUCAAGUUGGAAUUGGACAAAGACGCUCUCGUUGAACAGCUCAAUGAACUGCAGGCCCAUUGAUUGCAUUUACACACACAAGCUCUAGUGAAAACUCACAUUUAACUUUUUUGUCACACAGGUGCUAACUUUGAACUCCUUGUAAAUAUGUAUUUAAAUGAAUAAAUUACAGUAAAAGAUGCGUCAA